UUCAUUGAGUGUGUGUUGUUGUAAUCUUACGCGAAAACUGCAACGAUCCACGCGAUUAUAGCCAAAUGGGAGGUUUUUGCAUCGAGCUAUGAUUAAUGUAGUUACGGCCGGCAACUGGUUUGGGUUUUUGGAACGGACUCGCAAAGUGGAACUCCGUGUGUAGCGACUCGACCGCAGCGGCAGUGGAACGAAGUUGACCUGGCGUUGGGGUUUUCUAUUCUACGAAGAUUUUGCCAUGCACACAUUCUUUUAAGUUAUCUUGCAAUCUACCCGUCUGCACCUAGGAAAACACUUUAUUCGCCAGAUCAGAUCUCGGAUGGUGAUAGUUGUGAAAUUGCACAUCGUCGGACAAGUAUUUCGUUGUUUCCACACACUUCCAAAUCAGCUGACCUAACAAAAAGAUACUGGAUUCAGAGAGCGAGAGAGAGGUGUUUUGAAUUGUGUCUGCGGCGUUUGUGAUUGGAGUUAGCCCCUCUCUCGGGGACUGUGACUUAACUUUGUGGAAUUACUCGCUGAAGACCCAAGGGACAUAAUGCAGAAUCCAACACAGCCUAGGAUGCCAUACGGCCCCACCGAUAAAGAACUCAGCGAUCUUUUAGAUUUUAGCGCGAUGUUUUCACCGCCAACUGGUGUUGUUGGGCCAAAAAACGGUGUACACGCCGUCACCUCACACCCAUCAGUUGAUGGGAGAACGCUCCAGAGGCCUCACUACAAAACAGGAAUGGAAGAGGGUCAGGGUUCAUGGGGUUCUAACAGUCACCCGAGUCCUAGCUAUGACUCGCGGGGAUAUGAAGGUUCAUCUUACAAUGAUCAUAUGCCUGAUAAUCGAAUGCAGCUUAAUAAUAAUAUGUCAUAUUCCCAUGAUAUGAACUCUAAUAAUAGUAGUAUGUCUUCAUUUAUGGGUAAACCCAUAGACAGUAGUAAACCUUACCAGAUGCCUUAUACCAUGCCCAAUAGGGAAAUGCCGCCAAGUCAGGCGGGUAUGUCAUCAAUGGCAAAUGAAAUGCCUCUAUCAAGUCCAAAUUCCCUUUCACCACACAGUAAAAGGGGAUCACCAUUUCCAUUUGGUUACAAUAACAGUGCUCGACGUCCAUUAGUGCCUGAAUCUUCAAGACUAGCAGGAGGCCCUACUGCAAAGAGACCCAGAGGUCUGAGUGCAGCACCGGUUGAUUCGCCAUCAGGGUCCUAUGAUCCGUACAGUCAAGAUUCACCUCGAUACACCUCACCCAAGCCACCUACAAACAUGUAUCCAGAAUUCAUGGAUGGUUCACAUGGCAGUCCCGAUCCAUGGAGUAAUAACGGCAUGCCUCCGUCCACUGGUUUUUCUUCAGCAAUCUUAAAUAAUACUUCAUCUAGUUAUACAAAUGUGCACCAACGGCCUCACGAGCACAUGGGUUAUGGUCACACGAUGUCACCUGGUAGUCAUGAGACUAUUAGUAUGCGCCCGAGUCUUCCACCAAUAUCUUCAUUUCAUGGCAAUCCAACAAGCGGCAGCACACCUUACACGUCGAAUACUUCACCUUUAAAUGGUUCUGAAAGUAUUAUGCCAGGAGGAAGAAGUAGUACUGGACCAGCAUCCAGUGGUGGUGGUGCUGGGGGUGGCUCACAAACAGGAGAUGCACUCGGACAGGCUUUAGCGUCGAUAUAUCAACCAGACCAAACUAACAAUAGCUAUCCUUCGAACACUUCCACUCCUGUUGGUUCUCCAGCACCCAUGUCAGCAGGGCAAUGGACCAGACCAAGCAGUCAGGCGUCACCUGGUCCCUAUGUGGAAAGCCAUCUUCAUUCUCUGCCAACACGCAUGGAAGAAAGACUUGACGAUGCAAUACAUAUACUAAGGGACAGAGCCCAGCAAAGUCGUAUGGAAGAAAGACUUGAUGAUGCAAUCAAUGUAUUACGUAACCACGCUGGCGAAGUCUCGUACGGCAACAUGUCUAUUAUUGGCAGUGGUGGUAUGGGCGGUAGUCAACAUCAUCCAACGCAUCCUAAUGGUGCCAUGGAAUCCCAUAUGACGUACCACAAUCAAUACGACCCUAUGGUUCAAGCACAUAUGCCUGGUCCGCCUUCGCAUGGUCACCAACCACAUCAACCAAUGUCAGAUGAAGUGCCCAGUCCUCACUCACGUUUACGUAACUCAGUGCCUGUUGGUGGCUCAGCCACAACUCCUGAUAUUGCACAACCUCAGCAGCCUUUUAAUGAAAAGUUCACCAGAAAACCCCUGAUCCCAGAUAAUCCAAAUACUGAUCAUUCUAUGACUACUUAUCAUCAACUACCUUCGCCUGGCUCUGAAUCGCUACAUUUAUUGUCAACGCUGAAAAAUCUCCAACACAGCUUUCAAGCUGUUCAGAAUGAGAUGCUAGGUCAGAAUGGAUCACCAUCUCAAGGUAUCAAAAUUGAAAAAAUAGAUCAAGACAAAAAUGACAAGUCUAAAGAAAAGAGCAAUAAAGAUGGCAAACAGGAGCAUUCAGAUGGAAGUAUGGUAUCCGGGCAACCAGGGGGAAGAUCGAAAAAGUCGAGAAUGGAUGAUUUUGAUGUUCAUGAAAAGAUGGGUGCUGAGAAAAGAAAACCACCAGAAGAUGAACCCCCAGAAGUACGAGCUGUACGGGAAAAGGAGAGACGUCACGCCAAUAAUGCCAGGGAACGAAUUAGAGUUAGGGAUAUUAAUGAGGCCUUCAAGGAGUUAGGCCGCAUGUGUGCACUGCACCUGAAAAGCGAUAAAGCGCAAACAAAACUUGUUAUUUUACAUCAAGCUGUUAGCGUUAUUACGAGUUUAGAGCAACAGGUCCGAGAACGCAAUCUUAACCCUAAAGCUGCUUGUCUCAAGAGACGAGAAGAAGAAAAAGUAGAAGAAUUACCAAAUCGAGCAAUAACAGGGCCUCCUCCACCAGGUGGAGAUCAAGGCGCGUUAGGAGAUGCGCAUUCUCCAAUGUCACCAUACCUCUGUGUUAGUGAUUACUCGUCACCCUGAGUUGUUGGGCACUGAUAGAACUGGUACAAAGAGGACAGCGACUGGAAUUCCCAUAAUGCAUAGCACAACAGAAACGUUUUCCGGAUGUGAUCUAUUCGGGACACCCGCUGAUUCUUUAGGAGUGGGAGAACAAUUUUCUUUUCAAACUGCCAACAUAGGACUGUCUCCUGUAUCGCCGUCGUCAUCGCAGUCAUCGUCGGCAACAUUUUCAUCGACGACACUAAAACACACGAUACCAAUGGAUCAAUUCAAUGAAGAAACUCCUGAAGACAGCCUUGUGGAAUCACAAUCUUCUCCAGUGCCAGUUCAGUGACAAUAUGAAUAUUUAAUUUUUGCUUACAAAGAAUAUACUGAUGAGAGCAACAGACUAGUUACUUCAAAAUAACAGUUAUUACAGUGGACGCUGCUCUUAAAAAAAAAAAAAAAAAGUUAUGUACAUUGACGCCGUGUGCAGUCGAACUACUGAAGUGUUUGCGACCCGACAUGAAUCGCGGUCGACAAUCCACAAUUGAAUCAAUGCUCGCUCGUAACUCAAGCAACUCGUUUGAUACAUACUUAGUGUAAAAGUUUUUUAAAAUUACAUUUGUGCUUACGAGACUCUGCAUAGCUACUAUGCCUGUUGAUAAGUAGAUUGGGUAGGGAAUUUCUCCUGGUUGCUAGGUAGAUUCUGGUUGCUAUGUAGAUUUUGGGGCUGCUUUGGGGUAAAUUAUGAAUAAUUAAGGGGGUAAGGCACAAGUUGUUUACCUCAUUUUAUACAAUAUGUCUACAUACUUAAAACAACCGAAAGUAUUUUAUCUUUUUUUAAAUUAAAUAUAUCUUGGGGAAAAUGGGAACUCUGCUAGGGAGGGGAGGGGGGUUUAAGAUAAUUUUUUUUCUAAAAAAAAAAUGAGCUGCUGCAGGGAUGGUUUGACAAAUAUGUGUGCGCCCUCUAUUGUUUAGUUGCCAAGCACUGACAAUAGAGGGCGCUGUACAAUAUUUUCAGGCCAACACAGCCAUCUUGUAAAUUGAAUUUGAAAAUAGACUCUGGAGAAAUAGGUAACUUUGCCUUGACUUCACAUCUACAUUAAUUGCCACAGUGUCGCCAAUCAAACAUUAAAAAUACUCAAAUGAAUAGAGGGCGCUAUCACUUAUAAAAAAAAAAGUGGAUGCUUUACUCAACAGCAAAUAACUUAAAAAUUUAAAGAAAUUUGCAUAUUUAUGAACUAUUUCCUGGUAUUCAGUUUCUGAGAUUAUGUAGAGUAAUAGACACAUCUCAGAAAAAAAACUACAUUUUUCAUAAAGUGUAGAAAACUUGAUUGAAAUCUUAAUAUAUAUAUAUUUUCCAUUCUUUCUCUAUAUUACUACAAUGACAGCCUUCUGACUAGCUAAUUUCUAACAAGUGUUUUAUUUUUCGUUUACUGUUAAAUUACCAAAUUUGGAGGCUGAUUCGUUUAUGGAAAUCUGCGUGUUUUCUGCUGCAGGUAGUCCACAUGUGGUAAAUACUGAUAAUCAUAUUGUAUUUUAUGUUUAGGAGAUCAAACAUUUUUUUUUGUUUAUUAUGUAUGAAGAUUGUUGCACUUUUAAUUACUAAAUAUUGUGUUUAGUCGUAGCUGAUUUCACCCACCUUGGAAAUGACUAGUUAGAUAUUUUAUACAUUUAUUGAAAAAAAGGGAAGGAAAAUGCAUUUUCUGUAUCAGACGAAAGACCUUAUGUUGAUGUAAUUUUUUGUUUUUUUCUUCUGUUUAUUAAAUGCAUUUUAGACAAAUAUAUGCUGUAGAGUUUCGACAAUUUUAGUCUUUGCAUGCAAAGUAAAUUUUCAGUUCUAUUUUAUAAAUAACACAAUAAUGGGUUCAUCUGUGGUUUGGGGCUACACAUGCUGAAUGCCAGGGGCAUGAGCAUUUUUUGUCAUAUCAAAAAUUCAAAUGAUUAAAAAAACAACUUCAUAUCAGUUUUAGGCACAAACUGGUUCUGACCGGAUCACAAACUGGUUCUGGUUGGUACUUUCAACCUUGAGUUUUUAGCUUUCUUGAUAUCGGCAUGUAUCUAAUUUUUUUUUGUUCAGGUCAAAAAUCUGUACCAUUAUUUUUUGAGAAUGCCUAAAUUGUUUGCUUACUUGCCUUCUUAUAUUUGCUCAUUGUAUAUAGCCUGUAUUAGGGAAAUACAUGUGCCAUUCUUUA